AAAUGUCAAAGUCAAUAAUAAUUAUUCAGUGAUUUUAGCGAUACCAUACCAUCACUACUACUCAGUAUCACAAUAUACUAAUUUAUUUCAAGAAACGUAAUAUAAUGAAAAUUAGUUUUCCGCUAUUAAACUGUGAGAAUAUUAAUUAAAUAAUAUAACCAUGGAAGACGUAUUAGACGAAGUAGUUUCUUCGGAAGACUUGCAAAAAUUCGAAAAGAUAUUUCAUGAGCAACUUCAUGAGGGAAAUGUAACGCACAAAGCUCAGUUUGAAUAUGCGUGGUGUUUGGUAAGGAGCAAAUAUCCGACCGAUAUUAAGAAGGGUAUAUUACUGCUAAGGGAAUUAUUCAAUUCUCACACAGAAGGAAAGCGUGACUACCUUUUCUACCUUGCAAUCGGCAAUGCAAGAAUUAAGGAGUAUAACAAGGCCUUGCAUUAUGUUAAGGCAUUCCUUGAAAUUGAACCUGCAAACCAGCAAGUUUUGGCUCUUGAACGUCAAAUAACCAAGCGUAUGGAGAAAGAAGGUUUGAUCGGUAUGGCUGUGGCAGGCGGCGCAGUGCUCGCGAUCGGUGGUCUUGUCGGCCUUGGGAUAGCGCUCGCCAACAAAAAAUAGCAUUUGGCCUUUUUAGUGAACGCUCUAGUCGGCGUUCAUUGUCUUCUGACAAAGAAGAAGAAAUUAAAAGAGGACUAGCGGGACUGAUCCAUGUUUCACAAAAUUUACGAAUUUUUCACUCGUCUGUGUUUCUAGUUUAUAUGUUUAUAUGUAAAAAUGAAAAAAAAAAUGUUCUAAUCCACACUAUGGCUUUUUAGAAAUUAUAUUAUUUAUUUUUUAUUUGAAAAAAUUGUAGUAUAUUAAUUUUUAAGAAUAUAGUUAAAAUGUACGUGUUGAUAAAUAUGUGUAAUUUAUUCUAAAUGUAGGCUUUGUUUUAGUUAAGAACAAGUGAUUAUUAUUUUGCAUGUGUAUUUAUUUCAACAAAAUAAAUGUGAUACUUUCACAUGAA